CAAAAAAUAGUUACAGAAAUAAAGAGCAAAAGGGACGAGCAGGUAAUUACUCGAUUGCCAACUUCCUGAACGUGCAGGGUAGGGAGAGUAGCCCCGCAAUAUGCAGCCGGCGAGCUUAUCGCUCUGCCAUUCUUCACCGCCAAAAAAUUCCUGGAUCGCCGGGCUUUACUGCUAACGUCGGCCCCCUCGUUUGCAUGUCGACGAUUCCCCAGCAACAUCAGCCAUUCUCAGACCACACUCAACCCAACGAUUUUUAAACCAUCUCCCCAAGACCAAUCAAAAUGGCGGGUGGUUACAUAGCAAAAAAGAGGUCAAGAGACGAGGCAAACAGGCAAUUCAAAGGCAGGCCGCGCAAGAAGCCCAGAAAGGGCCGCGAGUUUCACAGCGACUCGGAGGAUGGAGACGAUGGCGGCGCCGACGGUCAAUCGUUUGCGCCCGUGAACCUACUCGACUCGGACGAGGAGGACAUACACAACCUCGCGGCGGACGAUGGACAGUCCUCGGGAGCGGACGAUUCUUCAGACGACGAGGCGUCGACUUCAAGGCAAACAAGGAGGAAACCGACGGCAAAACCAACAAAGACGAAGCAAAAGGAAAAGAGCAAAAAGGAGGCACAAGACAGCUCCGAUGAUGAUGAUGAAGACGAAGACGACGACAGCUCCGACGACGACGACGACGACGCAAUCGACGGCCAGCGGCAGAGGAAGCAAUCAAAGCGCAACGACCCGACCGCCUUUGCGACCUCCAUGUCCAAGAUCCUGUCCACGAAGCUGAGCACGUCGCGCCGGGCCGACCCGGUGCUGUCCCGCAGCGCCGCGGCGCACGAGGCGGCCCGGCUGGCGGUCGACACGGCGCUCGAGGCCAAGGCGCACCGCAAGAUGGCCGAGCAGAGGCGCGCGGCGCUGGAGAAGGGCCGCGUCAAGGACGUCCUCGUGUCCCAGGAGGGCCAGACGGCCGAGAUGCAGGCGGGCGAGAAGAGGCUGCGCAAGACGGCGCAGAGGGGUGUCAUCAAGCUGUUCAACGCGAUCAGGGCCGCGCAGGUCAAGGCCGCCGACGCGGAGCGGGCGGUCAGGAGCGAGGGCGUCAUCGGCAUGGGCAAGAGGGAGCAAAAGGUCGCAGAGAUGAGCAAAAAGGGCUUCUUGGACCUGAUUGCCGGUGGCGGCGGUGGAUUGAACAAGGCCCCGCUCGAGGAGGCCUGAGCUAUUUGAAUUUGUACAAGGAGCCUGUGGACUUUUUGGGGGUUUAUCAAGCUAAUAAGCAAAUGUUUGGCGUCACAGUCUGCUGCUUUUGUGAUUUGUACAGGUCAUUGAAGAUGGGAUGUGUUUAUAUGGUACAAAGCUCGUCCGCAAGCGUGUACACUUGCAAUGCGAUGGUCUAUAAUUACAGCUCUGAAUGCCGAAGAGAUCCCAAAUCCUGGUAUCAUGGUAUACAUAUGUGAACCUCGGUUCACAUCUCAUUAAAUUUCUUUCCCUUUUUCUCUCCUCUAUU